CGGCUUGUGUGUGUUGCGUUUUUGUGCUUCGCGCUUCCGUGUUUCUGUUUUGGUUCUCUUUGUUCCGCAGCAUUUCGGUCUGAUUGUGUGUUUCGCUGCUUGAAUCGUUGAUUUGGUGGAAUUGCAAACAAUGUUUUUUUGAAAGUUAAUGAAAUGAAAUUCCUGAUUUGUCUGUGAAAUGAGAGGGGGAGUUGAGGGGGACGAGGUUGUGAGAGGGAGACAGAUCUCUCUUUCGGUUUUGGUGGAGAUUUCUUUAAUCUGAAGUUCCUUCCCUCUUGCCUUGAACUUUUUGUCCUCUUAUUCCUUUUCUCAUGUCAAAUCAAUGGCGUGUGGAGACACCACCCGAGCUUAGGGAAAACGUUACUUAAUGGUGAUCUUGAUUGGUUAUCAAAACCCCUGUUUGUCUUGUUUGUUUCUUCCCGAGCUAUAAAAGGAGAUCUGUGCUAGAGUAUGUUUAGUGAGUGUGUUCAUUUGGAGACUGAAAAUAUUUAUUUUCCAACCCUAAUUAAAUUUUUGUCGUUUGUCAAUCAACCUGCUGCAUUAAGUAUUUCAAUUUCAAGCUUUAAUCUAGAUAUAUUGUCUGAGGGGUGUCAAUGUGUUCAAGUUUUUAAAGACAAAUUUGGUUUUAUUUGUCCUCUUCAUUUAUUUAUUUAUUUUUAAAUUGCAUGCCCUUAAAUUCUCACUUCUUCAAUACUGAGGUUAAACAUUGAAACAGGCAAUGGUGAUGCUGUAAUCUCAUUGGAAUUCGAAAUCAACUGUUUUAAUUUUCUAAGGCUGUGUUGUUUAAAUUUAGCAGUACAGAAAGCAACAAAUAUGUAAUAUUGGAAUUUCUCAAACUUGAUAUAAUUCAGUUUCAAUUGUAAAUUUAUUUCUGUAUAUUGUAGUAAUAAGUUAUUAAUUAUGAAAUUGAUGGCUUCUAGUACUGAAUGCAUUUAAUUGUUUUGGCAGGAAGCAAAUAAGUUAGUUCUACAUUUUACUCUGGAAUCCCUAAGCAGUAAUGAAAUGAAAAUGGGCCGUCUUAAAUCACCAUGGUCACGCAGGAAAAGAAAACAUGUCCUUUCACCUCAGCAAUGGAAAAACUUGUUUACCCAAGAUGGAAGAAUACGGGAUGGUGGAAUUAAGUUCUUGAAAAGAGUUCGCAGUGGAGGUGUUGAUCCUAGUAUCAGAGCUGAAGUUUGGCCAUUCCUACUUGGAGUCUAUGACUUGGAAAGUACCAAAGAAAAAAGAGAUGGUAUUAAAACUCAAAAUAGAAAGGAGUAUGAGAAACUACGCAGACAAUGCAGGCAACUGCUAAAGCACAGCAAUGGAAGCUUUAAGUUAAAUGAGAUAGGUGAAAUCAGUUAUGAAGGAGAUGGUGGGAGUUUUAUUCAAGAUUAUGGCUCUCCUAGUUCUGAAGAUGCAACAAGUGCCAGGGAAUCACUUUCUAGUGAGGAUCGGAGCCCAGAUGUUGAAUCAGAUGAUCCAUCUAGUGCCCUGUUGGAAGGAGAUGAUGUUCCAAACAUCAGCAAUGCUGAUGCCUCCGCACUGGAUACUGAUUCUACUGAUUCAGACUCCUCAGAAGGUCCUGAGAUAAUUCAGACAUUUCCUUCUGAUGAUGGUCAGGAAGAGAACAAUUCCAAGACCCCCAAGGAAAAUUCUUCUCCCUCCUUAAUGAAAGUCCCAUCAAAGCUAUGGAGUAAUGAAGAUUUUGCCACAUGGCAAAGGAUCAUCCGACUCGAUGCUGUACGUGCCAACGCAGAAUGGAUGCCAUACUCCCCUUCUCAAGCUGUUGUACCUGACAGUAGAGCACAUCGAUCUGCUGAGGCUGUUGGCUUGAAGGAUUAUAGUCACCUAGAUGCCAGCAGAAUCUUUCAUGCUGCUCGACUAGUUGCUAUUCUUGAAGCAUAUGCUUUAUAUGACCCUGAAAUUGGCUACUGCCAGGGUAUGAGUGAUCUGCUAUCUCCUAUAGUUAGUGUUAUACCAGAAGAUCACGAGGCUUUCUGGUGUUUUGUUGGAUUCAUGAAGAAGGCUCGGCAGAAUUUCAGGCUUGAUGAGGUGGGUAUUAGGAGGCAACUUGAUAUAGUUGCAAAAAUUAUCAAGUUCAAGGAUGGCCACCUGUUUAGGCAUUUGCAGAAGCUCCAGGCAGAGGAUUGCUUUUUUGUGUAUAGGAUGGUGGUGGUAUUGUUUAGAAGGGAGUUGACAUUUGAACAAACUCUUUGCCUAUGGGAAGUGAUGUGGGCAGAUCAAGCAGCAAUCAGAGCAGGUAUUGGGAAAUCUGCAUGGAGCAGAAUUAGGCAGCGUGCUCCACCCACAGACGAUUUGUUGCUUUACGCAAUAGCAGCUUCAGUUUUACAGAGGAGGAAAUUGAUUAUUGAGAAGUAUAGCAGCAUGGACGAGAUCAUUAAGGAAUGUAAUGGCAUGGCAGGACACCUUGAUGUUUGGAAGCUGCUGGAUGAUGCCCAUAACUUGGUGGUGACCCUUCAUGACAAAAUGAAAAUAGAGGCAUCAUUCCGAUGACUGCAGUAGUUUAUAAUAUGGCCAAAAGAUCUUCACUUUGAAGCUGCUAGAUGUUGAAUUUGUGUUGCAACAACCAAGUCUGCUGAACUUGCCACUGCUUAUUUACGAGGCUCUGGUUUCGACAAUAUUGGCUAGAUUUUGUUGCCAUCGCUGCCUGUUCAAACUUGCUUGCCACUGCUUUAUUUACGAGGCUCUAGUUUCCACAAUGUUGCCUUAAUGUGGGCAUUGAAGUUGGCUAGAUUUAGGUGGCAUCGUCUAUUUUUCCUUUCUUUUCACGUUGGCUCCAUCCUUUUCUUUUGAUUUCUUUUAUAAUUCUGAUUUGAGACACAUCUCGGAGCACCUUUGCGAAAAGCAGGAGUGGUAGGUGCAUGUAACCGUUAGAAGAGGCUGAGAUAUUGUCGACAAUUAUGAAUGUUGUCCUUUUUGACUGAACCUGAACUGUCAUGAGUCCUUUUGACUCUUUUAGCUGCUGACCUAGUUGCGUAUCCUGUGAGUUUUGAGGGAUGGAUGGGUAUAUUUAGUUGCUUGAGAGGCACUGGUUAGCCCAAUA